GAAUUCUGGAGGCUUUAUGCAGCAAAAUCAUAGCAUGGGAGGAAGAAAGUGGAGCAGAAUUUACAUAUGAUGGUGUUCGCCUUUUGUCAAUGCUAGAAGAGUAUUCUUUCGUCCGACAUCAAAAAGAGCAAGAACAAAAGCGGCAGAGAGAUCAGAAAAAGCUGCAGAGCCAGUUUCUAGCUGAGCAGGAAGCAAUUUUUGGAUCGAAACCGAGUCCCUCGAAGCCGCAGGGCUCGAAAAAAAUUCCUAGAAGAACCUCUUCAGGAUUUACAAGCCGAAGAUUGUCCUUAGGAGCAGCAGCGAUGCAACUAAUGAAACCUGAUUUUCCUUGCAUUAAAGCAACAACCUCAACAAAGAGAGGAAAUGAGUUGACUUUUGUUUCUCCUGCCAAGAAAGGAGUAUUGGAGGCAGGGAUUCCAGCAAGGUUCUCUUCUUCUAAUUCAGAUAACAUGAAUUCCUUCCAAUCCAAUCCGCCUCGAAAGUCUUUCGGCGUCAUGAACACAAGCGCUCAGCAUUCUGAAACACCCAGGAAGCCAUUUGCGCUCCUUGGUCCAGCCAAUGUUGUACCAUUAACUCCUUCCCAGGAAGAAGAAAAUCAACCGAUCUCAAUAGCUCCAGGAACAGUGCUAAAGCCCAUGGAGAUCGUCGCCACCCCAGCAACCUUUCUAAGAGUUUUGGAUGAGAAGGAAUACUCCUUUGAAGAAAGAAGAGUUGCAGUUUACCAGAGAAGAUAGAGAGGAAGGAGACGAAAGCUGCUCUGUUCUUCAGUUUAUCAGAGAAGAUGAGGAUGUGUUCUGUUCUUCAGUUUGAAUUUGAAUUUUAUGUUGCUUUUAUAUGGAGUUACCGUUAGCUCCUUUCAAUGCAAUCUCAUCAGAUUAGUUUAAUUUAGGCUGUGAUAGGUGAAUAAUAGGGUCGGCAUAUGAUGAUUCAAUUUGUAAUCCACGCCAGGCUGAUAAUGUGCUAUUCGAGUAAGGCUCGAGCUCGGGACAUCAGGGGACUUACGACGCCACUGCCAAUCAAAGUGCCAACAAGUUAGCACUUAUGAUGGCUCGGUUUUGCUUGGGAUGGACUUAAAAAUUGGAUUUUUUUCCUUUUUUAUUAUAUUUAUAUGAUAAGAAAUAUGUGAUUUUGAUUU